AUGGUAAGGCAGCCAGAGCCGUUGGCCGCGAUCUUUCAUGAUGGCAGCCACUUUGGCGUAAACAUAGACGGUGAGUCCAGCGCCGCUCACCAAUCGGAGACCUCCACGUCCGGCCGUGGUGAGGCAGCUGCCGAACCUUCUUCCCGCCCUAGGGUUUCUGUAGUAUACCUUAGUAAUCCCAAGGUGCAUAUGGGAGUGCCGAAUGAGCAUUUGUUCGGCGUCGACUAUUUGGUGCUGAACAAAAUAACUGAGCGGGAGAUCACCAAGUAUAGGGUGGAGUACCGUAUCCCAGAUUCGGUAAAGAUGAGGAUUCCGGGUGCCACCAAAUCGCUUAGCAGACCGAAGGACGGCGAGGUGGUCUUCUUUACCGAUGUCCUCAUUCAGGGCGUUCGGUUGCCGUUGCAGCCGGCAGUUCAGAGAAUCUUAGCCCAGAUCGGCUACGCUCCGGGCCAAUUUAAACACAAGGUCGAAGGUUCGAGCCUUCCUUCUAGCGCCUGA